GUUCGGCGCUUAGGCGGCAGGCGCGGCGGGCGGGAGCGGCGGCCGCGCACCCCAGCCUUGGGCAGAGGUGUUCUAGUUUGCUUAGUGGGCACAAAGUUGGGCCCUGGCCUGCGGCAGUAGUGUGGUGGUCAUAUGACGGUGGUAGCCAUGGCGUCACAGAUAAUAGGGACUGUCCAAGCUUGAAGUUUUACAAGGUGGAUAUGAUAAGUGUGUAAGAGGAAAAGAAGCGUGAUGGGCAAGAGUUCACAGAGGAAGCAACGUGACUGUGUAAACCAAUGCAAAUCAAAGCCUGGCUUGAACACCUCAAUCCCUCUGAGAAUGUCCAAUUACACAUUCAAGAGUCCAGUUACGAGAAUUACACCCCAUCCUGGCAAUGAGGUCAGAUACCAUCAAUGGGAGGAGAGCUUGGAGAAGCCUCAGCAGGUCUGCUGGCAGAAGAGACUGCAAGGACUGCAGGCUUACAGCAGCGCAGGGGAACUUUUAAGCACUUUGGAUCUUGCCAAUACUUUGCAAAAACUUGUCCCUAGUUACACAGGUGGAUCUCUGCUGGGGGAUCUUGCCGGUGGUCUGGAGCACUCCUGCCCCAUGCCCCACCUUGCCUGCUCUUCAGAUGUGGUGGAGAUAAUUCCCAGAGAGGGAGUGGGUAUCUCGCAGCUCCUCUGCCAACAAUUUCUGGUCACCGAGGAAGAUAUCAGGAAACAGGAAUGGAAAGUGAAGACAGUCAGAGAGCGACUCGCAAUAGCAUUGAUUGCGGAUGGACUCGCUAAUGAGGCGGAGAAAGUGAGAGGCCAAGAAGGCUGUCCUGAAAAAAGCUAUGAAAAAAAGAGAAGAUAGUGCAGAUGAAAUAAAGCGUAAUCCUUUAUUAA